AUGCCACCUCCUCACGAACAGCGGAGUGGGGUGUUAAAGUGGAUCACGGCUCCCACAGAGAGGAGCCCAUUUGCUGCAGCCGCCCAGAGCAGGUGUCACAGAGCAUCAGCCUCACAUCAGCACCGUGAAGUGUCACUAAAGCAGGCACGGCGACCGGUCCAGGGAGAAGAGUGGCAUUCAUUCAUAACAAAAGGUCGUGUUUGGUCAAUAGGGACAUGGCUGCACACACAGUCUUUUGAGCGGACCUCCAGGCUGUACAGCGAGGGCAGACACGAUGACCAUCACGACACCCCGGUCAUGACUCCUACACCGGGUUGGGUCCAGAAAUAUCCCCCCUCCUCCUCACCUCUUCAUGACUGUGUGAAAUCAGAGCAGGUGGCGGGCAGCUCCGGGGCCAACUCCUCAAACUGA